AGUACAUUUGUCAUUUACACUUGUCACUGUUUUAUUUCUCUUCAGGAGUGACUAUCAAAUUUGGACAUUUCAGUCGACAAGAGAUCGCAAUUCUGAAGAAGAACAUGGAAAGCUUCUGUGAGAUACAUGGUGUGGAGGAACCAAGGACUCUUCUGUACCCAAACCAGUAUGAGGAAAGGAAGGCACUGAAGAAACUGAUCCAUGAGGCAGGGCUGUUCAGACAUCUAGCCCAAGGUCUGGACCGGCCCUUGUGGAAUGUGUACACCAGAGCCAGGUAUAUGUACAGUAACGCAGAAGUCACCGGCAAAUGGACACCAAAGGAGCACAAGAAGCUCAUGCAGUUGUAUGAGCAGCACGGGCCUCGCUGGGCACUUAUCAGCAAGUCCCUGGGGCGCUUUGAGGACAACAUUAAGCAAAGGUUUCGCCAUACGAGAAGGAAAUCAGCUAUGGGAAGAUGGUCGGCCAAAGAGAGCAGACUGCUGAUCCAAGCAGUGCAGGCAGUUACAGGGAAGCAAGACGUCACCAACGUCACCUCAGGCAUCAGCUGGCAGGCGUGCUCAGACUUCAUGAACAAUGUGAGGAAUGGUAGACAAUGUCACAACCACUGGUGAGUCAUAGUAUUGGCUGUAGU